AACCGUUCUUGAAUGGUUACGCGCAUGCGCGAUAGCGAAUAAUUAUGCGCAGUAACACAGUUUUCGUUACUGCGCAGACUCGUAACCAUUCAAGGACGGUUUAUUUUCCGACUUUACACGAUUUUCAGUAGUCGAGUAGUCGAGUUUCACGAUUUUUGCUUCACUUCAUCUGGCAACCCUUUGUUGUGUUUGUGUUUGUAUCAAUGAACGUUUGUAGUAUUCAUUUUUAUCAUUAUUGUUAAUGUGAUCUAAUCAGUUAAAAAUAUUUAAAUUCGUUCUGGAUUUGUGUUAAAUUAAGUAGCUUUCAAAAGAUAAUGUCUAACGAAGAUUUACAAAGAGAACUAGAAUGCCCAAUUUGUUUUAACUAUUUACAAAUUCCGAUACGGAUGUGUAUAACAGGUCACAGCAUAUGUGAUACGUGCAGAAAUAAGUUAACCGUUUGUCCUAUAUGCCUAUCUGGGUUCUCAAAUGGAUCUAAUAAGUCACUCGAAAGCAUAAUUCCUUUACUUAAGUUUCCUUGUAAAUUUCGUGAUAAAGGAUGUCAAGAUCUUUUGUUUCAUGUGGAUAGAUUAGCACACGAAAUUGAUUGUCCACACCAAGGAAUAAAUUGUCCUGGAUGUUCAUUUAGUAGCUCAAUUACUGAUAUGGAAAAACACUGUCGUGACACACAUCGUGUUCAAAAUUUAGAACAAUAUAACUGUUCCAUGUUCUUUUUCGAAACUCUGGUGGGAUCUUCAGUUAAUGGUAUUGUUCAAAAAGAUGGUAAAUACCUUUGGUUAAGAGCUUUUAAAAAUCCUGAAAAUAAUAUAAUUUUUUCUGUCGAGAUGGUUGGCACGAAAGAAGAAGCUUCAAACUACAGUUAUAAAUUAAUAUUUAGUAAGGACAUACAAAAAAUGUGUUUUGAGGAUACUUGUAAACCUUUAGGCCUUAGUAAUAAACAGCUAUCUGCACCGGUUAAAAGUUUCAAUUUGAGUGUUCGUGAUAUUGAGAGUUUUCUAGAGAAUGAUUGGAAUAUUAGUAUAACUGUAGAAAAUAUUAAAUUAAAACAUAACAUUCUGAAGCUGUUUUCAAGUUAUACCAAAAAUAAGAUUAAUUUAGGCUUAUAUUUAUUAUUUUCAAUUUUGUUUGUCAUAGUACUAUAUUAUAUCAUGUUUCAGUCAGAUUGGCUGUUUGAGAAAUCAACUAAAUAUAAAGGCAAACAUAAACAUCAGAAAGAAAGUUAUAAGUUUGCCAGUUAUUUUAAUGAGUUCUCAUCAUCAUUUUGGACUACGCUCGUGUCACUUGUCAUACUGUACCUUAUUGAAUAUUUGUUUAAAGUUUUAAAAAAAUUGGUUUAUUAUACCUAUAUUAUUUUAUAUUAUAUUGUAAUUUUAUCUAUUGCACUUUUCAGAUUCAUAAUUACGAAUCUGAGGUGAUGUUUUUUAUCAGACUCAAAUAGUGUCACAACUCAAUAAAUAAAUAAAAACGGUUUUAUUGCACCAACAGUUUGAUACAACUAGAAAAUCUGAUCUCAAAAAGUGUUACGAUUAUCAAGUAUUUGUCUAGACACUAGAGUCAUUAUAUGAUUACCCAAAACAAUCUGCGAAUGUGCAUAAGAAAAGUGACACAUUUAUCACUUAUUUAUCUUAAAAAAAAAAUAAAAAUGUAUACCAUAUUUAUUCAGUUGCAAUGCGAAGGCAAAACAAUCUGACUUUUCAAUUAGAAUACGGAGCGCAGUCCAGUCCUCUGAAUUGCGAUUUUCGGCUCUUAUUGGAGCCUCAUCGGAAAGAACGUAGGCACUGUUCUCUAUACCCUAAUUGACCAGCGCCAAGAGUUUUUUGACCCAUUGCAACCGAAGUGAAGGUAUUAGGUGACUAGCGUCAUCUGGCAAUUGAAAGAUGAAGUUUUUCAAUCCUAAUAGCAACAUUAAUAAUAUUGAAAAUAUUAAAAAUAUUACUAAAAGAUUUUUAAAUUGAAAACUUAUUGGUAUAUUUCCCUGGUGACACCUUCAAGGCUUCUACAAUUUGCAAGCCAAAUGGAUGCUGCAGUGAAGACAAACGGAAGGAAUUCUACACUAUGCAAUUCACAUCCCCCGUCUGCAGCUUGGUAAAGUUCCAACGGAAAAUGCACCUGGUUACUCUACGGAGUAAUACGACUAUAAAAUAAAAAUGUAUACCAUUUUUAUUCAGUUGCAAUGCGAAGGCAAAACAAUCUUACUUUUCAAUUAGAAUUCGGAGCGCAGUCCAGUCCUCUGAAUCGCGAUUUUCGGCUCUUAUUGGAGCCUGAUCGGAAAGAACGUAGGCACUGUUCUCCGUACACUAAUUGACCAGCGCCAAGAGUUUUUCUCACCCAUUGCAACCGAAGUGAAGGUAUUAGGUGACUAGCGUCACCUAAUAUGACAUACUGACUGUUCUCCAUACCCUAAUUAACCAGCGCCAAGAGUUUUUCUUACCCAUUGCAACCGAAGUGAAGGUAUGACGCUAGUGACCUAAUAUCUUCACUUCGGUUGCAAUGGGUGGGAAAAACUCUUGGCGCUGGUCAAUUAGGGUAUGGAGAACAGUGCCUACGUUCUUUCUGAUGAGGCUCCAAUAAGCGCCGAAAAUCGCGAUUCAGAGGACUGGACUGCGCUCCGUAUUCUAAUUGAAAAGUAAGAUUGUUUUGCCUUCGCAUUGCAACUGAAUAAAAAUGGUAUACAUUUUUAUUUUAUAUUCGUAUUACUCCGUAGAGUAACCAGGUGCAUUUUCCGUUGGAACUUUACCAAGCUGCAGACGGGGGAUGUGAAUUGCAUAGUGUAGAAUUCCUUCUCUUUGUCUUCACUGCAGCAUCUAUUUGGCUUGUAAAUUGUAGAAGCCUUUGAGGUGUCGCCAGGGAAAUGUACCAAUAAGUUUUCGAUUUAAAAAUCUUUUAGCAAUAUUUUUAAUAUUUUCAAUAUUAUUAAUUUUGCUAUUAGGAUUGAAAACUACUUCAUCUUUAUUUAUCUUUCUUUUUGCAGUAUUUUUUGUUUAAUAUUGUUACUUGUGUUUAGAGUUACAUCAUUAAAAAUUAUAAGUCUGUUAACCAAUUAAUAAAGAUGAUAUUACCUAUAUGAUGUACUGCAAGAGCUACUUUUGAUCAAUAAUAUUUCGUAAAUUUUUCGUUGUUUAUCUCUUGUUAUUUUGAAGCGCUUUAAAAAAUGUUGUAACUGACUAAAAUAGAUAUUAUACUAAUUUUGAUAGUUUUUGAAUUAAACCCGGAAAAGUUCUAGCACAAAUUUUAAACGUCGUUUUCUCGAUACUUUGCUUUUUUGACUUAUGACACUAUUUGAGCGGAGGUGCGAUAUAUGUAUGGAUAUACAGGUAAUUGCAAGAGAUAGGUGUGCAUCUUCCAAUAGUCGAGGAAAUGAAGCAUUUUGGCUCGCAAUCUUUUCGUCCCGCAUGGAUUUACUUGAAAUUCUCACAGAAGGUAGGGAACAGUCCAAGGAUGAUCAUUUUCUAUGUCAUGCCGCUGUACGCUAAAACCUUGGGGUGGUUGCCACCCCAUCUCGGGAGUGGGAAUUUUUUAUUACAUUUUAACGAUGUAAAUCGAUGUAGAAGGUAAUUAAAAGAAAAAAAUGUUUUUUAUAUUUUCUUCGUAAAACUAAUAUUUUUUCGAGUUAUUCGCGCUCUAUUUUUCGAGUUAUUCAACUGUUACUUGAAAGUAACAGUUGUUCGACGAAAAAAAUUGACUUUAUUAGAGUUUUUUGAGAAUACCUCGAAAAAUAUGCAUUUAAUCAAAAAAACUGCAAAUAUCAAAAUUGUAUCUUUUAGUAACACAAACCAAAUUAUUUUUUUACGGCCGUGCUAAAACAGCCACUUUCCCGCACGCAUGUCGUUUCCGAAAGUUGUACUUUUCCGCAUGGCGUGCGGGAAAGUAAAUAUUCCCGCACGGCGUGCGGGAUACCUUGUAAUAUGGCAUUAUAAUAUAUUAUAAUACGUGCAAUGAACUAAUAAUUAGAUAUUAUUUACUAAUUUAUUUCAAAUUUAUCUUAUUUUGUUGAUGUUUUAACCUUCAGAUGACCAAGCGGGGGAAAUUGUGACCCCAGCGUAUGUUUUUCUUUAAUAAAUUCAAAAGUAUUUUCAAUUUUUAACUCAUUAUUUUUUAAUUGACUUUAAUAUCUUUCUAUAUAUCCUCAUAUUUUGAAAUAAAAAAAAUUCCCUAUAUUUUACGAAUAAAAAAUAUAUUCUGAAGUUGAUGUUUAGUAAAAUACCGUCCAUUAUGUGUAAUUCCAAGUAGUUUUACGUAAAUGACGUCGACUUUUCAAAGUAACAAGACACUUACUCAACAUACACACUACACAUAACACUAAUACUCAUGUUGUGACUGGCUGAAUGACAUAAAGUCCAUGCAAAAAAAAAUAAAAAAAAAUAAAAAAAAUAUUAUUAAAUGUUAAUAGUCAUUUUUGACAUUUUUGACCUGGGGUCAUUCCCCCCCCCCCCCCCCUUGGUCAUCCGUGUAACAAAAAAAGGUUGGUCAUCGGAAGGUUAAUGAAAUUAACGCGAUAAUUCGUUGAAAUAGACUUAUUUUAACAUAAUAUUAAAAAGUCAAAUCAGUAGACAGUAACAAUGGUUUUGAAGCGUCGUCAUGGAAACCAAUAUCGUUGUCAUGGUAACCAAUUAUAUUGAAAAUUUUGUUUUGACAACCUUGUCAAAGAAUUAAUUUGUGUAUUUUCACUCCUAAAUAAAAAUUGGUACAACUCUGUUUGUUUCGACUUUUUUCCAAACGUACGGCCGUAGAAAAAAUAUUGUUUCUAACUCAUGCGGAAAGUGUCUUCCUCGCACUCAACUGCUUGCCCGAACUCCGCUAUCGCACCUUUGGGGUCAACGGCAGUCUCGUGCGUGAAAGUAUCACUUUGCGCACUAAUUAGGAAAAUACCUAUUUUCUGUAAUAUCUUUAAGACCCAUACAAACCGAGAUACGGCAUGUUAAAGUUAGUUUUGUCGUCAAAUGCAUAAUUUGAAAUAUUGAAAGCCAAAUAACGGAAAAACUUUCAAGUAUACAGCUAGACCUUUAAAAAACGAUAAUAAAAAGUUUCUAGCGUGAAACUUAAGCGACUUAUGGUCAAAAAAGGUCCGUAUCUGCUUUUCUCUAUGAAAAAAUCAGUGAAAACAACCCUAUAACUACCCUCCUAAUCAAAAAUUGGUCUUCACCUUUCUAUAAUUCCUUUUAUACUUGUAUUAUCAAUAAACCCAAGAAGUUUGACCUAUUUUAAAGGCCUUAUUUUAGAGAAAAUUGAUUAAGAAAAAUUGAUUUUUUGCAGUUUCCUAUUUUUCACCUUUACUUCAAAAUAUCUCCGAAAAUACUGGAGAUGCGAAAAAAUGAUAGACUACUUAAUUGUAUCUUUUUUAAUAGCUAAAAUUCCUUUGUGCAUAGAUUUUCAUUAUAGUAAACAGUUACCGAGAUAUAGCUGUUUAAAACCUCUAUUUACGAGCAAACAUCCCCUUAUUCAAGCCCUUUAAACCCACCCAAAUAAAAAACUAAGGGAUCUUACGGAACUUAGUUUGCACAUGCUUAUAGCUCUUCAAAAAUCCUACAAAAUCAUUUUUGAAAAAACUUUUUAUCGCCAAAAAUGAAGAAGCUACGUUACGUUUAUAAAACGAAUUUUUUUUCGAAAAAUUCGAAUAGUCCGCUUAAAUGACAAUUUUCAAUGUAGCUAUAAUACCACAGAACCGGUUCGUAUAGUGGAAGAUGACUAAAAACUAUUUGUAUUUGUACAUAUUUGUAAAUUCGUAUUUUUUGUGUAAAUAAAUGUUUUUGUAAUUCUUUAAUUCUACUUUUUUUUCUGAAUAGAUCUAUUAAAUUAUCUAGGUACAGUGGAACCUCGAUAACUCGGAUUAAUCGGGACCGCGGCCGAUCCGGGUUAUCGAAAAUCCGGGAUAGCCGGAGAAUAUGGUAAAAAUUAAUAAAAUACAGUAUACUUACAAAUAAACUCCCUUAGAAUUGAAAUAACAUGAAAUAUAUUUAUAAAUAUGCACAGUACCUACACAUCAAAAUUACUAAAAAAACACCAAACACAAACUUAAGCAAACUGAAGGGAACAAUACAAGACACACAAUACAGUCACAAGGAUGUUAUGUUAUUUAAGAACAGUGAAAACUUAAGACCAUUGUUUAUAAAAGAAUUUUUUAAAUAAUGCUAAACAAUGUCUUUCCUAAACAAUGCUAAGACAGUUUGAAAUAAAAAGGAAUAGGUACUACAGACAGGUGCCUGUUGUUUCUGCGGCGUGUGCUAUGAGUCAUUUUUACUAUUGUAUAGUUCAAAUUACACACAUACACAUUAUCUCUCAAAUAUUAUAUUACAUACAUUUUUAUUGUUGAAAGGUUUGUCUGAUAAUUAACUAUUUUGAUGGGAAGCCACAAUUAAAUUGAAAAAUGAUUUUAUUAACGUUUUGACGCCAAAAUUGGGUCCUUGUCAAAAUACAAAAUAUUGAAAAUCAAAAUGUUUAUCUGAUGAAAAUCGGUCCGGGUUAGCCGGACUUCCGGGUUAUCGGGGGCCGACUUAUCGGGGUUCCACUGUACUUAUAAAAAUUGUAAUGUUAUUAAGGAUGGUUUUUAAAGGUUGAAAUAUUAUGAUAUUAUAUCCUAAAGCAUAAAACAAUCAUUAUUUAACCAAUCAAAACCAAAUUUUACCCAUAUUAAAGUUCACAAUAUUUUUAUAUAAUUUUUGACAAUAAGGGGUAGUUUACACCCCUAAAAAUGAUCAACCCCAUUAAGCAUGAUAUAGAAUAUAGAAUAUGCAGUACAGGGUGAGAUGAUCCUAAUUAAAAAAAUUUUAUGUAAAUCGAUGCAAGCUGAAAUUAUUAUUUUAGGAUAAGUAAAUUUUUUAUAUAUAGCUCCAACAAGGGUGGUUUUAAGGGUUGAAAUAUUAUGAUAGUAUAUCUUAAAGCAUAAAACAAUCAUUAUGUAACUAAUAAGAACCAAAUGUUGCCAAUAUUAAAGUUUAAAAUGUUAUUUUAUAAUUUUUUACAAUUAGGGGUAGUUUUCACCCUUAAAAAACAAAAAGCGUACAACGGCUCAAUAUAGAAAAUGAACUAGAGAGUGUAAUGAACCUAAUCCCAAAUUUUUGUACAAAUCGAUGUUGGACGAAAAAAUUGCGAGGUUUUGCCAUUUUUUCAGUUUAUUUCACCGACGACAAUAAUUAUUUUCGCUGUUAUUAAGUAUUUUAAGAAACUACUCUUAAGAUCAGUUAUAAAAAAAUAUCACAACGUCGACAGGUUUUUGUUUUAAAAUAGAUACUGUUUUUUUAAUAAAUAAAAAAUUAAAAACUGAAAA